AUGAAAAAAGCCAAAAUGCUUGUAACUGGCAAGUUCUAUACUUCCGAUAAAAUACCAGACAUUUACACAUUACGUCAAAACGAAAUAGCUACCUUGGUAGAUAAACAAGCUGCUAUAUCAAAAUCUAUAGCUGCUGAAAUGCCAGCAGCUGAGGAUUUAGCAAAGGCGAGAAUGCUUUUAACAGACAAACUUUCUAUUCCUAGUGAAAUUCCAGGAACUAACGAUUUAGCAAAAACCAAAAUGCUCCUAAUAGACAACUUAUCUAUUCAAAAAGAAAUAUCAGACAUUCCAACAUUACCUUACAAUGUCAUUUCUACUUUGGCAGAUAACAAAGUUUCCCAAAUGCCAGCAACAGAAUACUUAGAAAAAGUCAAAUUACUAAAGUCCACUAUUACAGAGGAUUCAUCUGUUUCUUCAGUUGUGUCUGCUGUUAUUGCUGAGCAAAAUAUUUCUUUAAAUAAUAUCGUUGCAUCUAAAAUGCCAGCAACGGAAUAUUUAGACAAAGUGAAAUUACGUAAGUCAACUAUUACAGGGGAUUCGUCAGUCUCUUCUGUUGUUUCGGCUGUGAUUUCUGAACAAACUGUUUCUUUAAAUAACCUCACAGUCAAGCUAUCAGAUUCCAAACAUAUAUUAAGCAAUGAUAUUCUCAGUUCAACCAAACUUGUCAACUCAAAAUUAUCUCCAGUAAAUCCAAAGUCUAAACCAUCUGGUCCUCAUCAAACAUUAAAGGAAGUUAUUCCCGAUUCGAGCAAAAUUGUGGAUUCAAAUUUAUCUCUAGACAAUUCAUCGUUCAACUUGUCCAGUACUGAUCAAAUUAUUAAAGAUCUUCCCGAUGCUAGCAAAAUUGUAAGCUCAACAUUGUCUAUUUCUGAAAGUGUGUCGAUAUCAAAAACAUCUGUUUCUGAUGGUAUUAUAUCUACUAAGUCGACCGCACUAGAUAAAAAUACAACUGUCGAAAGAACAACUUCUCAACAUUCUAGCUUUAUUUCGAAAGAAGUAUUAACGACAGCAAUAACGAGACAAUCAUUAAAUGAAUCUUUGGUUCCAAAAGUUUUAUCUAAACCUGAUGCAAUUAAAUCGUCGUUUUUGAAAAGAUUUUAG